UGGUCGGACUUGAAUGGCUUGAGUUUCUUCCCAGUUGAAUGAAAUCCGGGUCUCAGUUCACAUGUUCCCAGUUGCCUCGCCGAUUUAUGAGUGACAGCUCGCUCUCCACAUCCCUCGCUCUCUACAUCCCUCUAACUCGGCGGAGCUCUUGGGUGUACGUACAUGCACAGCCAACAGGCUUUCCCCACUACGCUCUGUUGAAUCACCAGUCAACUGCGGGGAAUAUGCUAUCGCUCCUCUCGUACAUCAUCAGUCCUGGCUACGCUGCGGUGGUAGCGGUAGUUGCAGCAGUCGUCUCGGCAAUCAUGUUCCUCUCCAAGGGUCGUCGAGAACUACCGCCUGGUCCGAGAGGGGUACCAGUGCUUGGGGCGUUUCCCUUCUGGAAGGGUCCUGAAACGAACUUCGAGUGGACUAAAGAAUAUGGGAACAUUUACAGCGUGAAGAUGCUAAAUCGGUUAAAUGUUUAUCUCAAUGACAUAGAUCUUGUCACUGAGUACAUGAUUCGCCAGGGACAUCUCUAUGAAGACCGACCUGCUGGUCCGGCGGCCAUUGCGCAAGGCCUUUUGUUUGGAAGCGGUUCCCACUGGAAACUCAACCGAAAGCUGGCUACCAGCAUAACAUGGAAAGAGGGAUCACAGAAGGCGUUUGAAUCAAUGUUCCGACGUGAGCUGGAGGCCAUCCUGCCCAAAUUCAACCAAGAAGGACCAAUGUAUUUAAGUGACAUCGUCAGACCAUACAUCUCCAAUGUCAUUGUGACUGUUUUAAGAGGUCAGAGGUACCCGGAUGAUGACCCCGAAAUGCAACACUUACUGAAGGUUCUCACCCGGCUUGAUGACGUUGAUUUGACGUCCAUGGCCACGUUGCUCGGGCUUGCGUUCCCUCGUGCGUCGUCCAAACUGUGCCCCAACUCCCCUAACCUGCACGGCAUCAGUAGCGACAUGCAGAGCGUGGUGCGUGGCUGGAUUAUGUCAGAAGCUCCGCGGACGGACAAAGACAACACUUUCAUUUCAAAGUUCACACAGAGCGAUGAAUACAAAGAUGAAAACGCCGACGAUAAAGAAAUGGUGCAGUCCAUGCUGGAUAUGUUCUUCGGUGGCGUCACGAGUUUCAUGUCCUUGAUCGAGUAUCUGGUUUUAUUCCUUCUCCACGAUCCGAAAUUACAGACUCGGAUCCAGGAACAGAUACACGACGUCAUUGGGAAAAGACCGGUAACUCUGGAAGACAGGGAGAACCUGUCACUCGUAGAAGCUUCAAUUAUAGAGGCUCUUCGGAUCGGAUCCAUAACGACGUCCAGUUUGCCCCACGUGUCUGUUGAAGAUACGCAGAUUGGCGAUUAUCAUAUUCCCAAGGGCACAAGUGUUGUUGCGAGUCUGUAUAGUCUUCAUCGGGACCCAAAAUAUUUUCCAGAACCAGAGGUCUUUAAGCCCGAGAGACACAUUGAUGCCAAUGGUGUUGUCACUCGUCCCAAAAGCUUUCUGCCAUUUGGCGUUGGGCCUCGGCUCUGUGUCGGAGACACAAUGGUUAGAGUGGGAGUGUUCAUGUUUUUCACCACCAUCAUGCAGAACUAUACAAUUACUCCGGUCGUCGUUGGGUCUCCUCCCCCGUUCAGUUCUCGGCUGAGGAUCGUGCGAAGACUUGAACCUUAUCAAGUGGUGCUGGUUCCAAGAAACUGAACUGAAAGAUGCGGAAUUCUGUUAUGAUUUAGACCUGCAAAGUAUUUGAAGGGAACUGAGAUAGCCUACCGGUAAACUUUCCAUACAGAACAGGGGCGGAUCUAGGAUUUUGGAGAAUAUGCGGACUUAUACAAAUCUGUUAUGAUUAGGACCUGCAAAGUAUUUGAAGGCAAGUGAGACAGCCUUGCGGCAUACCUUCCAAACAGGAACUGCGCAUUCAUCGCAUGUUACUCAUUUGCAAGAACCAAUGGCGCCCUUCUCCUUUCAAAACCGGGCGGAACCCAAAAUGUGAAAACCGUGGACGCGAGGCCUGCAAGCGGCGUCGCUGAUGUACCAGGAUAUGUUGUCUGCUAUGUAAUAUAUUAUAACAUUGGUAAUACUACUUAAGGGCGACUAUUCACAGGAUAUCUGACAUCACCAGUCACCAACUGACUAAUCACAAUCAGAUACAUGUAACCGGGAUGUAUCUUGACUGAGGAUCCCUUAUCCCUGAUGUAAGGGAAUACAACCGCAUCCGUAUGGAGCUUAUCAAAUUUCUCAAGAUUCACUAAGCGCCACAUGGGUUUGGUAGCCUGCUUGUUCUCAUAUCUAGACGAUAAUAGCCCGGGUUCUAUUCCAAAACCAACGUAAUAACUCACUCACUCACUCCAAACGUGGUCACCAAACCGCGGCUGCAUACUGUGCCUUGAUUAUCUCGAAAUUACCUGAUCUCCAAAUCACAAGACAUGCUGGGGCGGUUGGGAAACCUUCUGGUUAAAGCGUUCGCUCGUCACGCCGAAGACCCGGGUUCGAUUCCUCACAUGGACACAAUGUUCCAUUUCUAGUGUCCCCCGACGUGACAUUGCUGGAAUACUGCUAAAAGCAGCGUAAAACUAAACUCACUCACUCACCCAAGGACAUGCUUAUAUCAAAGUGAACUGACCUCCCAAUCACAAGACAUGCCUAUCUCCAAGUUACCUGAUCUCCAGAGCUCUAUACCCAUGACAAUAACUUUCUGCGGCUUCAGCGUAUUUUCAAUUUCAAAUGACAGUGCUCGUGUACAUAGGGUGUAGUAAUAUCGGGAACAGUUAGUGGACAUUAUACACUUCGCAACGUUCAAUUGAAUGUGUGUGUGUGUGUAUGUGUGUGUUUGUGAGUGAUGACUUCAAAAGUGUUAAAUAACUGUAGAAAUGUUGAAAUGGGACUUGAAAUAAAUAAAGAAAUGGUUAUGUUCUAAAAUUACUUUCGUACAAUAUUGACAGACAGUUUUAUUUGUAAUGCGGUCCUAGUGUCCUAUAAUACAGUUUACAAUUCAUUUCAAUAAAUUAACAGUGGUCAGUAUCGGU